AUGUCCACACUCCAGCCAGCCUCGUACGUCGGGUUCGACACAAUCACCAGCCAGAUCGAGCACAGGCUGCUCAAGCGCGGGUUCCGCUUCAACGUCAUGUGUGUGGGGGAAUCAGGCCUGGGGAAAACCACCAUGGUCAACACACUCUUCGCUGCACACCUCGUCGACCAAGAACAAGGCCCAGGGCCCGCACGCACCACGGAGAUCUCCGUCUCGAGCCACACGCUCGUCGAGGACAGGGUCAAACUCCACGUGAACGUCGUCGACACACCCGGGUUCGGAGACGCCGUGGAUAACUCGCGCUGUUGGGAACCCAUAGUCAAGUACUGCAAGGAGCAACACAGCCAGUACCUCCGCCGCGAACUCACUGCGCAACGUGAACGCGAGAUCCCGGACACAAGGGUCCACGCCGUACUGUACUUCCUCAACCCGGCAAACGUCCACCGUGGGUUAUCACCAUUGGACCGUGUGACUCUUAGGAAACUAGCUGAAGUGGCUAACAUCGUCCCCGUCAUCGGGAAGGCCGACACUCUCACUCUGGAGGAACGUCACCAGUUCAGGGACUUGGUGCAAAGACAGAUCAACGAGGAACAGUUGGCUGUGUACCCGUAUGAUCACGAGGCCACGGGGGCAGACAACGAGGAUGUCUCCCCCGAGGAGGCAGAAUUGAACAGCAGCAUCCGUGCAAUUGUCCCCUUCGCGGUCGUCGGUGCAGAGACUACAGUGCAAAUCGACGGCGAGAACGUUAGAGGAAGACGUAACAGGUGGGGGGUGAUCAACAUCGAGGAUAUCAACCAGUGCGAGUUCGUAUACCUCCGCGAGUUCCUCAUCAGGACACACCUCCAAGAUCUCAUCGAAACGACAGCGUACCUCCACUACGAACGGUUCAGGGCAAGACAACUCAUCGCUUUGAAAGAGAACGCUUCAAACAGAUCCACCCAACAGCAGCAGCAGCAGGCGUCCACGCAACUCCACAACAACCCGAUGUACCACUGA